CUCUAUUUAUCCAGGAGGAUGGUUGUUCAAUCCUCACAGCAGACACGACUGGGCUGUGGCAUGGUGUCUCUGAUGCCACAAUGAAGGACACAAGCAAGGAAUGGGUCCUGUUAUCGUUGCUGCUGGCCUGGAUUCACAAUGCAACCAGUCAGACGGCUUACUGUAACUCAUCAGCCUCGGGCUCCAUCUAUGACUACGGGGCAAUGGCCAUAGACGGGAGCAGAUACAUCCCAUUGCGCGAGUACAUGGGCAAGACCGUGCUGAUCCUCAACGUGGCUUCCUUCUGAGGACUCACCAGCCAAUACGUCGAAUUGAAUGCACUGCACACCGACCUCAAAUCUCAUGGCUUCACAAUUCUCGCUUUCCCCUGUAACCAGUUCGGGAAACAGGAGCCGGGCACCAACCAGGAAAUCUUACCCUUGUUAAAAUACGUGCGUCCGGGGAAGGGCUACGUUCCGAACUUCCAGCUGUUCCAGAAGGGGGACGUGAACGGAGAGAAGGAGCAGGGGCUGUUCACGUACCUGAAGGGAUCCUGCCCGCCAGUGGGGGAUAACUUUGGGAACAUGGACCGACUUUUCUGGCAGACCCUGAAAAUCUCCGACAUCAAGUGGAACUUUGAGAAGUUCCUGGUGGGUCCUGAUGGGCGCCCCGUGCAGCGCUGGCACCCGCUGAUGCCCGUGCCCUCAGUGCGGGAGGACGUCACACGUUACAUCCGGUCGCUGCACAGGCAACAGACCAUUGGCUAAUCAUGUCCCCCAUCCCCCAGUCUGUGACCAUCAUCACCGCUCGCUUUCGCCCAUGCCUCCCCUCCCCCCCCAUCCACCCCUCUCUCCAUCCAUCCAUCUCCACAACCCACCCACCCCUCUCCAUCCCCUCCCUCUCCAUCCUUCCCCUUCACCCGUCUCACUGCCUCCAUUCUUUCCUCUCCUCCCCCUCAUCUCACUGCCUUCUCUCUCCACUCACCUCCUCCCCUCUCCCUGACACCCCAUCCCUCCCCACUUCUCCUCCUCCCCCCCCCCUUAUUUCCUGUCCCCCUCCCUUCACCCCAAUCUCCUAUCCCCUUCAUCCUGGCCCCUCUUCUCCAUCCCCUCCCCCCUCCAUUUCCCCCACCCAUCUCUCCUGUCCUCCACCUCUCCCUCCUGGUCUGUUUAAAUCCACUUCCUCCUCCCACCCCUCCCUUUCCAGCCUGCUCUGCCGUCAAACCCCGCUCUCCCCACCCCUUCCAGCCCACUCCACCUCAUUGAACCCCUCCCCCUCUCCCUUCCCACCUCCCCCUUAAGACCCCAGCCCUCCCUCCCCUACCCUCUCUCUUUACACCCCCCCCCCCCCCCCAGCCCACUCAACCACACGAACCCCUCCCUCCACCCUUUCCUCCCUCCCCUCUACACACAGCGGGGCUGAUGAGGAACAGAUUGACUGGGACAUACCUCACCCCCCUCUCUGUCUAUAGGGAGGGUGAGGGAGCAGGGGGGGGAAGAGAGCAGCUACGUGACGUCCAGGUCUAAAAGCGGCCACGGCGACGGAUCUGGACCGAGACGGCAGCCUCACCUCGACCCUUCGUGCAUUCGGGCCGAGGAUGGGCUGCCAGCUGCCCGUCUCCCCUCCCUCUCCCCCUCGCUCUGUCCCUCCUCCCCCCCCCCAUUUCCUCCCCGACCUCCAUAAGACAAUAAAACAUUUCUUACAAU